CGAUAGUCCAUCCAGACCCAGUAGCAAUUUAAAGCCACACAUCUCAUUGCUGCAACUUUAUACACAAUUCAAUCAUCAAUAUCCUCUUCACAAUGCUUCCAAAGUUGUUCUUCAUCAUUGUUAGUAUUAUUUUGACUCAUUCGUAUAGCCAAUGUCUUGAUCAUGAGAAAAGGUUGCUGCUUCAACUCAAGAAUGAUUUGAUAUUCAAUUCUUCUACUUCAACAAAACUGGUGCAAUGGAAUCAAAGAGACGAGUGCUGCAAGUGGAACGGUGUGGAAUGUGAUGCUGCUGGGUACGUCGUUGGUUUGCAGCUCGACCAUGAGGCCAUUUCUGGUGGAAUCGAGGAUUCGUCCAGCCUCUUCAGACUCAUGCAUCUGCAGAAGAUAAAUCUAGCUUACAAUGACUUAAGCUCCGAUCCCAUCCCAAAAGGUAUUCACAAUCUCACUUAUUUGACACACUUGAAUUUGUCAAAUGCUGGUUUCGGUGGGCAGCUUCCUGCUGAAAUCUUGUCCAUGAAGAAAUUGGCGAGUCUCGAUAUCUCCAGCGAAUAUUCGAGUCUAAGUCUUGAGCACCCAAAUUUGGAGAUGCUCGUCCGAAAUCUAACACGCCUUACAGAGCUGAGUCUUGAUGGUGCCUCCAUUUCAAGUAACGAAAGCCGAAAAUGGAGCCACAUUAUAUCAUCAUACUUACCCAACAUCACCCUUUUGAGCUUGCGUUUUUGUUCCUUAUCCGGCCCUUUGGCUAACUCCUUUUGGCAGCUCCAUUCCCUUUCUAUUCUUCAACUAGAUUCUAACGAUCUUUCAACACUAGUUCCGGACUUGUUCGCCAAUUUUCGACGUUUGAACACCUUGAGUCUUGUUGGCUGCAGUUUGAACGGUUCCUUUCCUAAUAAGAUCUUCCAGAUACCUACUUUGCGAAUUCUUGAUUUGUCUUACAAUACACUUAGUGGAAGCAUAUCGCCGUUGGCUCAGACCGGAUCUCUCGAGUCCAUGGUGCUCAAGUGGAACAACUUGUCUGGGUCGAUACCAACUUCAAUUAGCAAUCUCAGAAACUUGUCUAAGAUAGACUUGUCUCAUUGCCAACUCACAGGAUCCAUUCCACCCACCUUGGCUCGCCUAACGCAGCUUAUUCAUGUCGACUUGUCAUUUAACUUGUUAACAGGGCCGCUCUCUUCUACCCUGUUUGAAGGACUUUCCAAUCUUGCUUAUCUGAAUAUGGAUUCCAAUUCAUUCUCCGGUGACAUUCCCCACUCCCUACUUGGCCUCCCUUCCAUGUCGAGACUUCAUCUUAACAACAACAAAUUUAGUGGAGUAAUCCCCAUUGUGAAUGUGUCGAAGAUGGUUUUGUUAGAUUUGAGUGGUAACCAACUGGAAGGGCCUAUUCCCGACUCUCUCUUCCAAUUUCACAGCCUCGAGUACUUGACUCUUAGUAACAACUCGUUGAAUGGCAGUUUUGUACUAGACAAGCUCACAAGGCUCGCCAAUCUCACACACCUCGGUCUAUCUCGCAACAACUUGUCAGUGUAUGGUGGCAACCACAGUUGGAGCUCCCAGCUACAGGAGGUGGGACUAGCUUCAUGUAACUUGCAUGCUUUUCCAGAUUUCAUAAAGCAUUCCCCUCUAACAGAAUUGGACCUCUCAAACAAUCGGAUUGCUGGGGAGAUACCUAGUUGGAUAUGGGGAACACAGCUUAAGGAACUGAAACUCUGAUUCAAUCUUCUCACAGAUUUUGAAAAGCCUUACCAAAUCCCUUCUUCUCUCGAACAACUAGAAUUGCAUUCUAACCAGCUCCGGGGGGAGCUGGAUCUGCUCAUACCAGCUGACAUCACAUCUAAUCUUCAGAAUUUGUUACUUGGUAAUAACAGUUUCAGUGGAUCAAUUCCAACCUCCUUCUGCACUGCCUCAAGCCUCGCGGUUCUUGACUUGUCUGCCAAUGAAUUGAGUGGCACUAUACCGGCCUGCCUACUCGAAAACAUUAUGGAGCUGGAUCUUGGACGGAACAACAUCACGGGUGCCAUCCCAGAUAAUUUUCCUCCCACUUGCGUCCUCAGUUAUCUUGAUCUUAACAGAAACAGUUUACAGGGGAGAAUCCCCAAGUCCCUCCAAAGUUGCGAGUUAUUGGAGUUCAUGAAUGUCGGGGACAACAUCAUCUACGACACUUUCCCAUGCAUGCUUCCAUCCACCUUGCGUGUUCUUGUUUUGCAGUCCAACAAAUUCCAUGGAGAAGUGAGGUGUCGCACCAACUGGCCAGAUCUUCAAAUCGUCGACAUAUCUUCAAAUAAUUUCAGUGGAAGUCUGGAAUCGAUCAACUUCUCGAGUUGGACGGCAAUGACACAACUAAGGCAUGAGUCUUCGAGCUUCUAUACGAGUGGCGUGAUAUUGACAGUGAAAGGGCUAAGGAGGGAGCUUGGUGACAUUUGGUCAGACUUUGGUACCAUUGAUUUCUCUAGCAACAACUUCAGAGGAAGGAUACCAAAUGCAAUUGGUGAUCUUAUCACACUGCGACAUCUCAACUUCUCCCACAAUGCCUUCAAUGGAACCAUCCCAACGUCGUUUGGGCAAUUGAGCAAGCUCGAAUCACUCGACCUCUCUAGAAACCAAGUGUCGGGGGUGAUUUCACCGGAGCUUGGAGGGCUCACAUUUCUUUCCUUCUUAAAUCUGUCGUACAAUAAGUUGGUAGGACAGAUCCCAAAUGGCCCUCAGUUACGAACGUUUACGGCUGAUUCCUUCAAAGGAAAUCCAGGGUUGUGUGGUUUUAAUGAUUCAAUAAGCUGCAGUCGUAGGGAUCACAAUAAUUCAUCCCCAGGAGAAGUCGAAAAUGGGGAAGAGAAGAGGGAGAUUGAGUGGACAUUCGUAUUUGCUGCACUUGGAUAUGUUGUGGGCUUAGGAAUCAUUGUGUGGCUACUUCUAUUCUGUCGAAGCUUCAGAGUGAAAUACUUUGGAAAAAUAGAAGAGGUUGUUGAAGACAUAUUGGUUGCCAGAGACAGGAGAAGAGCGAGGAAUCGAGCCAGGACACAAUAGUGUUUGGAAUUGCUAUUUAGUUUCUUGAAGGUGUGAUAGUUGACAAGCAGUUUCUGUCUGUAUUUUAUAGUAUAAAAACCAAUGGAGUUUAUGCAUAUGAUUUUGUGCUUCUUUUUUUAAAAAAAAGUAUUUGGGUUUAA